CGGAAAAUUAGUUCAUCGCAUACCAAUUUAGUUAGUUCAAUAAUAAAAAUAUGGCAUUUCAAAAUGCUGUCAUCAAAGAUUCCGAUAUGGAUCGAUAUAUGCAAGAAGAGGCUGUGAAUGUCGCCGCAACUGGAAUGGAAAGACAUGAUGUCGAUAAAGAUAUGGCAUCACAUUUGAAGCAAUAUUUUAAUUUGAAAUAUGGCAGAUCAUGGCAUUGUAUUGUUGGAAAACAAUUUGGAAGUGAUGUUUCACAUGAAGAACAAGGUUUUUUAUACUUUUUUCUUGGUGACAGAUCAUUUCUUCUAUUUAAAUCAGGUUAAUGAAAAUGAUUUUAUCCAACUGCUUUUAUUAGUAUUAUUAUUACUAGUGUUAUUGUAAAUGAAAUUUUUUAUUUGAUGAAUACGCAAAAUUUUAUUAUGAAAAGAAGAUUAUUGUAUUGAACUUUUGAGUUUAACUCUCUAUAAUUUGAUGA